AUGGCGUCAAGGUCCCGCACCGAGAGCGACCCGGCGGCGUCGUCCUCGGCAGCGGCGAUCGGCGCGCGCUUCUCGCGGUGGCCACCGCCGGCCGUGACUUUGUCUUCACUCCCUGUAGCCAGGCACAAUUCUUCUGAAGAACCACAUACAACCUCAGUUGGUUCCGGGAGGAUGAAGAAGAUGGCCUUACAAGGCAAGUCCUGCAUUCCUAUUUUCAUCCUCCUAUCCUUUGGUUCACUCUGUAGGUCCGAUGACCAGCUCACGAAUGCAAAGCCGCUCUCCUCCGCCGACACGCUCGUCUCCAAGGCCGGGGACUUUGCGCUCGGCUUCUUCUCUCCGAGCGACUCCAACGCCAGCUUAUACCUUGGCAUAUGGUACAACAACAUCCCCGGCCGGACCGUCGUGUGGACCGCCAACCGCGAGGACCCGAUCCCCACCUCUUCAUCCCCCAUGCUCGCCAUCACCAACAGUUCUGGCCUGGUGUUGUCUGACUCCCGAGGCCGCGCUACUUGGUCAACGAAGAACAACAUCACUGCCACCGGAGUUGCUGCAGUGCUGCUCGACACCGGUAACUUUGUCCUCCAGUAUUUAAACGGCACAAUCAUAUGGCAGAGUUUCGAUCAUCCCACCGACACCCUCCUUCCAAGCAUGAGGUUUUUGUUGAGCUACGGGGCCCACUAUGCCGAGCGCCUUGUUGCUUGGAAGGGCCCUGAUGAUCCUUCGUCUGGGGACUUCUCCUGCAGCGGUGACCCUGCCUCUCCGGAUAUCCAGUUUGUCACCUGGAACAAGACCAGGCCAUACUACCGCAUGACCGUGUCGGAUGGCGUAUCAGUGAAUGGUGGCAUGUACGUGAACAACGGCACCCGGACGACCGUCAACAUAGGGGACCUGUUCUACUUCAUGUUCACAAUCUCUAACAGCUCAGACUUCAUGCGCAUCAAGCUUGACUACACUGGCAAGCUGCAGUAUCUUCGCUGGAACACGCAGUCAUCAUCGUGGACACUCAUUGCUGAAAUCCCUACUGCUCCAUGUGACCUCUAUUCCUCGUGUGGCCCAUCGAGCUAUUGCGACUUCACUCGGACUGUCCCAACAUGCCAGUGCCUUGAUGGGUUUGAGCCUGAUGGUAAUAAUGUUUCUAGAGGAUGUAGGCGAAUAGCAGCAAUAAAAUGCGGCACACCAAGUCAUUUUGUGGCCUUGCCUAGGAUGAAAAUUCCAGACAAUUUCUUGCAUAUACGCAAUAGAAGCUUCGAUCAGUGUGAAGCCGAGUGCAGCCGCAACUGCUCAUGCACAGCUUACGCUUAUGCCCACUUGAACAGUCCAGGUGCUAUGGCUGACCCAUCAAGGUGCUUGGUUUGGUCAGGGGAGCUUGUUGACACCGGAAAAUAUCAAGAAGCUGGCGAGAAUGUGUACCUCCGGCUUUCCGACUCCCCUGGUAUGCACCACACCUUUCCAGUCUUAUGUGAUGUAUCGGAUGCAGUGGCAGUUCGAAGGAAUAGGAAAUCGGUAAAGAUUGUGCUCCCGACCGUAGUAUGCUCGCUGAUGGUUACAUGCGUAGUCUUUGUCAUGAUAUGCAAAUACAAAGCAAGCAAACAUCAAAAGACGGAAAUCAAGAAGAGGCCAAUGCUAGGAUACCUUCGUUCUUUCAGUGAAACUGGAGUCGAAAGUGCAGAAUUUCCUUUUGUUAGCUUCGAGGAUAUUGUCGCCGCAACUGAUAAUUUCGCUGAUUCUAAGCAAAUUGGAAGAGGAGGUUUUGGGAAAGUUUACAAGGGAAUGCUGGAAGGUGUCAAGGAAGUUGCUAUCAAAAGGCUUAGUAAGGAUUCUGGGCAAGGCGUAGAGGAGUUUAAGAAUGAAAUAGUUCUAAUUGCUAAAUUGCAGCACAAAAACCUAGUUAGACUGAUUGGUUGCUGCAUUCAUAGAGAUGAGAGGUUACUUAUCUAUGAAUACUUACCUAACAAAAGCUUGGAUGCCUUCCUUUUUGAUGCUACAAGACACCAUGUACUUAAUUGGCCUGCACGCUUCAAAAUAAUUCAGGGAGUAGCGAGAGGUCUUCUCUAUCUCCACCAAGAUUCAAGGUUAACCAUAAUUCACAGAGAUCUCAAAGCAAGUAAUGUCUUGUUGGACUCAGAAAUGACUCCCAAAAUAUCAGACUUUGGUAUGGCAAGGAUAUUUGGUGGAAACCAACAACAAGAAAACACUACCCAUGUUGUUGGUACAUAUGGUUACAUGUCGCCUGAAUAUGCGAUGAGAGGUGACUUUUCUGUAAAAUCCGACACCUAUAGCUUUGGUAUUCUUCUGUUGGAGAUUGCAUGGAGGCUAUGGAAAGAUGGAAAAGCAGCAGAAUUAAUGCAGUCUUCGGUUUCUGAGAGCUGUCCACUUCAUGAAGCUGUACGAUGUAUUCAUGUCGGUCUCUUGUGUGUUCAAGAUGACCCGGAUGAUAGGCCGCUCAUGUCAUCGGUUAUUUUUAUGUUAGGGAAUGAAAUCGUCUUGCUCCCUGCACCAAAGCGGCCUGCAUAUUUUGCUCUGCGACAUUCCGAGACCCAGGAAGGUUCUUCAAAUGUGCUGAGCAUCACAACAUUAGACGGUCGUUAG